AUGGCAAACUUUGAACAAAAAGAUCAACAGAAGAGACAGAGUGUGCACAGGUUUGAAGUGCAGCGUCAGCUACUCAAAGCUCUCAUUAAAAACCAUACACUUCCUGCGUCGCUAAGAUAUGAAUAUAUGUUAAAACUUAACUCUUUGGCAAAAAAAACAAGCCGUGUGCAAGUAGUGAAUCGAUGUGUUCUCUCGGGACGAAGUCGUGGUGUUUUAAAACAAUUUCGACUCUCGAGAAUUUGGGUGCGUCAACUUCUUGCCAAAGGACAGCUGCAAGGAACAAAAAAAUCAAGUUGGUAA